AUGACGCUACCAACGGCCGAAGAAGACGUUGUCAAGCUCGUUGACGGUCCGUCUGGAUCCGUGGCAACAAUCGACGUGGACGCUGCAGCCAUUGAGACGGUACCCUCCUUGCCGCCCGCGUUUGUUCCAACGCCUGGGCUCGUGGCCAGCCCGGUCGCCACUCACACGACAGCCUUCCACGCCACACCCACGGUGGCCCCACUGCCAGCCGCAGACCGCUUCAGACAGCUACAAGCGACCCUCGACGCCGCGCGCGUCUCUCACGACGAAAAAGUCGCCGACGCUUUUGAGCGGGACAAGAUUCUCAUCCGCGCGUUUGCCAACAAGGAGAACGAGAUGAAGCUCGAGCUCCAAGCGGCCCAACGCGAGAUUAUGUCACUGCGACACGAGCGGGACGCGCUCUCCGUGUCCCAAGACGUGCACACGCUCUCGGAUGCGCGACUUCUUGGCAAGUACGUGCAUAGCCAGAGCCGCCACGGUGUCACGAUGACGUCUGCUGCCUACGAUACGAUGCGCAAAGAGAUGGAGACGCAAGAAGGUUUGAUCCAAGGCUACCAGCUCGAGAACGAACGGCUGAUGCAGCAACUAAAAGACGUGCGGCGGGACUUGCACUACGACGUGCAUACGCAAAACGAAGCACUGUUGGCGACCAUCAAAGAUCUCCGGCAUCAGCUUCAGAUACAGCAGCAAAACCAAGCGAGACCACCCCUGGAAGUCACGCUAGCUGCCGACGCGCGGGUCCUUGCGCUUCAGGAGGAACUACGCGACGCCAGCGAUCGUCACGCAACCCACGAACGCGAGCUCAAGGUCGAGCUCGAUAUGGUCAAGAAAGCGAAGAAGGACCUCGAGUGCCAAAUUGCGGGGGUUCGCAUGGACGUUCUGCAGCGAGAGAACGACGCCUAUGAACAGCUACGCACGGCCAGCGCAGCCCAACAGCGUGACGCCGAAGCCAAAAUUGCGGCGCUGCAGUCCAAGCUCGACUGGUAUAUUCAGAAUCAGCGAUACCUAGACGAGCAAGACGAGCUGCUGCGGCAGCAACGCGCAACAAUCGACGACCUCCGGCGCCAACCUAGAUCCGAGUCAUCAUCAAAACCAAGUCGGGCCGCGGAUCGCCGCCGCAUUCAAGCGCUCGAGACUCAGAUUGCUGAAAUGGAGCGCGCAAUGCAGAAGCGACACCCGGACAGCCUCGUCAACCUCAUCCUUGCGAGCAAGCCUACUGCCGAUGACCAGCUUGCCGAAUGCAAACGCAUACAUGAGCUCCAAGUUCAUGCUCUCCAGGAGCAACUGGCUACGGCUGAGCACUCGCACGAACUAAAGCUUGCAGCGUUUCGCCAGCAGCACGAGCGCAUUGUCGCGCAACUGCAAGCCCAGCUUGACGCAAAAGUCGCAGCUUCGCCGGACCGUGCGAUGCUAACGGCCAAGAUAAAGGAUCUGGAAAAGAAGCUACAGGAUGCACGAGGCCGGAAGCCGGCUUCUAUCAAUGAUGAUAGCACACCUCUCGUGGCGCGACUGAAAAAGCAGAUCGCCGACCUUGCGACUGAGCUCGCCAGUGUCCAGGAGCAACUUGGUGCGAGUGAUAAGGCUCGCAAGCUACUCGUCCAGUCGUCGUCCAUUGUGGCCGCGCCAAGUGUGUCACAGGCGUCGUACGAUGCGCUCGUCGCGCAAGUCGACGGCAUGCAGCGUGAAAUGGAAAAUGCCCGCACUCGCCACGCCACCGAGCUUCGCGAAGCGAAAGACUUGCUGCACGAAGAAAUCCUGCGCGUGACGCAAAUGCUAGCAGUGGCCCACGACGACUUGCACAAGGCGCAGGCGACGGCCGCCCGUAUACCGUACCUCGAGACGCAGGUGUGCGACCUCACGCACCAGCUUGAGCUUCCCAACACACCAUCGAUGCUACAAUACAAGGCCCUGGAGCUCCAAGUACACGCACUGAUGCAAAAGUACGCGGUGCGGGAAACGGAGCUGCAGGCACUUCUGCAGCAAGCGACAGCGUCCAGCCGCCUCGAGCAGGCGGCGUUGCGGGCGCACUACGAGCACGUUCUUACGCUCAAGAACGCAGAUAUCACGCGCUUCCAGCUUCAGCUUGACGAGAUGCUCGACGAGCUCAAGACGCUUCGCCCGUAAUGCAUCUGCGAUUAGCUAGAACAGCAUACAAUGUCCGUGCAUUAACAGUAGAAACUUCUUAGAAAUCAACGACGACAGUCUAUUCAAC